AUGGAAAGUGGUGCAGUUCUGCUGGAAUCCAAAUCCUCACCGGUGAACCUUCUGCAUGAAAUGCAUCAGCUGCGCCUCCUGGGUCACCUGUGCGACGUGACCGUGAGCGUGGAGUACCAGGGUGUCCGCGAGGAGUUCAUGGCCCAUAAGGCGGUGCUGGCAGCCACCAGCAAAUUCUUUAAGGAAAUGUUCCUUAACGAGAAGACGAUGGAUGGUACUAGGACUAACGUCUACUUACAUGAAGUGCAAGUUGUUGACUUUGCUUCAUUUCUUGAGUUUGUCUACACCGCAAAGGUGCAGGUGGAAGAAGAUCGGGUGCAGCGGAUGCUGGAAAUGGCUGAAAAGCUCAAAUGCCUGGACUUAUCAGAAACUUGUUUUCAAUUGAAGAAACAGAUGUUAGAGUCGGUACUUCUGGAGUUGCAGAAUUUCUCUGAGUCUCAGGAGGUGGAAGGGAGCAGUGGGUCCCACGGCAGCGUUACUUCUGACGCCGGGGCGAGCAUGGCUGCGGACAGUCCCUUCCCCAAUGGCUUCGUGGACUCCUUAGCCCCUCCAGGGCAGAGAAUCAGCAACGGGACGCUGCCAGAUCUGUCCCCACGGAAGUCCAGAGAAAAACCAGACAAGAAGAAAGAUGGAGUUAAGCCUUCCUACCCUAAAGUCAGAAGAGCUAGUGGAAGGCUGGCUGGCAGAAAGGUGUUUGUGGAAAUUCCCAAAAAGAAAUACACAAGGAGACUCCGAGAGCAGCAGAAAGGUGCUGAGGAGGAUGCGGGGGACUACAGGGAUACCCAGCACCCCAGCCCCGACACCGUGGGCACAGAGGCUGAGCCAGUGACAAAAAGUGAGGAUUUCAGUGCCGGAGCGGAGGUUGGGGAGGUGCUGCAGAAGGCAGGGCAGGUGGGGGAGGAAGAGGAGGAAGGGGAGGAGGGGGAGGAGGAGGAGAAGAGGAAGAGCAACUUCAAGUGUACCAUCUGCGACAAGUCCUUUCUGUACGAGAAGAGCUUCCUGAAGCACAUCAGGCACCACCACGGCGUGGCCACGGAGGUGGUUCACCGCUGCGACACCUGCGGCCAGACCUUCGCCAACCGCUGCAACCUGAAGAGCCACCAGCGCCACGUGCACAGCAGCGAGCGCCACUUCCCGUGCGAGCUGUGCGGGAAGAAGUUCAAGAGGAAGAAGGACGUCAAGCGGCACGUGGUGCAGGUCCACGAGGGCGGCGGCGAGCGGCACCAGUGCCAGCAGUGCGGCAAGGGCCUGAGCUCCAAGACGGCCCUGCGGCUCCACGAGCGGACGCACACGGGCCACAAGCCCUACGGCUGCACCGAGUGUGACGCCAAGUUCUCCCAGCCCUCGGCGCUGAAGACCCACAUGAGAAUUCAUACAGGGGAAAAACCUUUUGUCUGUGAUGAAUGUGGGGCAAGAUUCACUCAGAACCACAUGCUGAUUUAUCAUAAAAGGUGUCACACAGGUGAAAGACCUUUUAUGUGUGAAACAUGUGGCAAGAGUUUUGCUUCUAAGGAGUAUUUAAAACAUCACAAUAGAAUCCAUACUGGAUCCAAACCCUUUAAAUGUGAAGUUUGUUUCAGGACUUUUGCCCAGCGGAAUUCCCUUUACCAGCAUAUUAAAGUCCACACAGGGGAACGUCCCUAUUGUUGUGACCAGUGUGGUAAGCAGUUCACCCAGCUCAAUGCUCUCCAGCGUCACCAUCGGAUCCACACGGGGGAGAAGCCGUUCAUGUGUAACGCAUGUGGAAGGACAUUUACUGACAAGUCCACUCUCCGGAGGCAUACCUCAGUUCAUGACAAGAAUACGCCAUGGAAGUCCUUCCUUGUUAUUGUAGACGGCUCACCCAAGAAUGAUGAAGGGCAUAAGACUGAACAGCCUGAUGAGGAAUAUGCAUCAUCCAAACUUUCAGAUAAAUUGCUGUCUUUUGCUGAAAAUAACCAUUUUCACAACCUGACCACAGUCCCAGGCAGCGUAUCUACUGUGCAUGAGAAUAGUUCUGCCAAUAUCACCUGCAAGUCGGACAACUCUGUGGUGUCCCAGGAUGCUCUGCUGGCCACCACCAUCAGUGAGCUCAGUGAGCUGACACCACAGACAGAUUUGAUGCCCACACAACUUCACUCAUUGACCAGCAUGGAAUAA